ACUUAUGUUUAAAAUGAGAGUCUGCCAGAGAGGCUUAGACCAAAUGACAUUUUAUUGAUAUUCGAGUACAGGAUUAUCGGGAUGGCAAACUCACAUGACUUUUCGGUAGCGUACACAAGGGAACAGUUGCAUGAUUCAGUAAUCAUCUUUAACUGGAAAGAAUGUCUUAUAUCGACAGGAAAAGUUCGUUUAAUAUUCCUUCACGGAGUAACUCAAUAAACACAUACGGCUCCAGACAUGGAUCUAUAAUUACCUACGACGACUACGACUCUGACGACUACAGUACAAUGCACGUGCCUAAAUCCAUUCUAGACAGAAGAAUGUCGGCUGGUUUACCAACCAUUAGCCACGCUGACUCGCCAGUGCCACAACUCGUUGGGACUUCACCGUCUGAUUCAGUAUACCUAAUUCGUCCAAAUACUAAAGUUUCCCCUUUGAAAUGGCUGGUAGUUUUAUACUGCUUCCUGUAUAUGGCGGCAUAUGUGAUGUCGUCUGCUACAUUUGUACAAUACAUCUACAAACGAAUACAAACAGAAAUGUUUCCUGACAAAGACAAGUAUAAUAUAUCUGUGAACUGCUAUUCAAACACCAGCGACCCACAUUAUAAAAAGCAGAUUUCUGUCCAAGAGAAAGCAUCUAAUUGGAACAUGUAUUACAGCUUGGCGGCAGGAAUUCCCGCCAUGUUUGCUAGUAUUAUAAUGGGCGCCUCAACAGACAGGUUUGGGCGCAAGUUUCUCUUCUAUUUACCGUGUCUUGGCGCACUGGUUCGGCUGUCUGUCUGCACAGCUGGCAUUCAUUUUAACUUUAAUCGUUUAUACUUUUUAAUUGGAUUUUUUGUGGAAGGACUUACAGGUUACAUGGCCACAAUGCUUCUUGUGACAUUCACUUACGUCGCAGAUAUUACUCCGCCGAAAGGGAAACAAAGAUCUUUUGGAAUAACAAUGAUCGAACUCAUAAACGGAAUCGCUAUGACAGUGUUUAGUUUUGCAACAGGGUACUUUAUUCAAGAUAUGGGUUAUUUCUAUCCUAUGCUUACCUCCGGAGCUUUGGUAUUUCUUUGUUUAUUUAUAACUAUUUUUAUUCCGGAAUCAUUUCCAAAAGACAAAAGAAAUUUAAGAGAAUCUACCUUUGAAAAGAUUAAAACGAUUUAUAAUUUGUUUUUGGGUGAAAGUAACAGAGGUCGUCGUUGGAUGUAUAACACGCUAAUGUUUGUUUUUCUACUUACAAUGUUUACUUCAUUCGGGCGUCAAAGUGUCGAACCAUUGUAUCAGCUUGAUACACCUUUCUGCUGGAGUCCAGAAAAACUGGGAUAUUUCAGCGCGCUGAAAAAUCUUCUACAGCAAAUAUUUGGAAUGGGUGUUAUAAAGCUCUUCCAACAAGCCAUGUCUGACGAGGCCAUAGCAAUGCUAGGAUGUGUAUCGUUUGGUGCAAGUUUUGUUCUUGAAGGAUUCGCACAAACCGAUAUUCUCAUGUAUAUUGUUCCUGCAUUAGGUGUUUGUGGUCUACUAACUAUACCUAUAACAAGAUCACUUCUCUCCAAACUUACGUAUCCUGAACACCAAGGAGCUAUAUUUUCUACAAUUGCCACCAUGGAGACGGCUAUCAACAUCGGGGGUUCAGUGGCAGCCAAUGAGAUUUACUCGCAUACCCUUAACUUUUACAGAGGGUUUGUCUUCUUCGUAUUUACUGGGUGCAAUUUCAUCUGCUUGAUCGCUAUGGCCAUUUAUCGGUUUGGCUCAAGGCGUACCUUUCCAACACCGUUGGACAUACGACGAUAACAAAUGACUUGCGGCAGAUAUAUACCAAGAAACGAUUGAUAUACAACGUAAUAAUGACUGUUGGUGGACGCUUUCGUCGGCUUACAUAGAACAAUUCACCCGCGAUGGAUAGACAACGGUGUGGUUGACAUUAGAUAGCAUAUAACUGAGAUUGGUCGAUACAGUUUAAGUUGCAGUGAUUUAUAAUAACACAAUGCCACUAAAACGCAAUACUAGAUUUUUCUAAAUAACUCCUAUUAGGCCUUAAUUUUUAUUUAUUACAUGCAAAACUUUCUUCAAUUUGACAAAAAAUUAUGAAGAAAUGCCUAUUUGCAAAUAUUUGCGUUUCACAUGACACAAACAGCAAAAUUGAAAAUUACAACUUGACACAGAACUCAUUAAAAUGACUAAAUGAUUACUGCUUGAAUAGUUUGAAAUAUUUAACCGAACACGUUUUAUUUCAUGUUAAACUUCAGACGUAUUCAAGUAAACCCUUUAGCACUUGGUA